AUGAAGCACUCUAAAUUAACAUCACUAAUUUUUAUUUUAUAUUAUACUACAGUGUAUAAAUGUGAUAUUUCUUGUGCUAAAUUUCACAAUUUACAAGAAUCUACAUCAAUAGGGUCCAAUUAUCCCAAUACAUACCAUGACUAUACAGAUUACAAAAUACAUUCUGAAAGGCAAUUAAAAGAAACUGAUUUUAAUAAUUUCAACGCAUUCAUUAAGCAAAAUCGAAAUUCACGUGGUGUAAAAGGAUCUAGUCAACAUCUUAGACUUGGUGAUGCUCAUCAAGUUGCAAACUAUUUUCUCACCGGAGGACCUCUAAAAGGUCAUGCUCAUUUUUUAAAAGAAAGAAAUUGUGAUCCAAAUAAUAAUGCAGAUAAUGAUAAUAAUGCAGAUAAUGAUAAUAAUGCAGAUAAUGAUAAUAAUGCAGAUGAUGAUAAUAAUGCAGAAGAAACAAAUAAUCCGGAUAUUAAGACUAUAAAUGAUCAAAAUUCAAAUACAAUUUCAUCUGAUUCUAUUGUUGGAGCUGUACAUAUUCCUCCAUUACCACAUAUUCCUCCAGCAUUACCACAUAUUCCUCCAGCAUUACCACAUAUUCUUCCAGCAUUACCACAUAUUCCUCCAGCAUUACCACAUAUUCCUCCAGUAUUACCACAUAUUCCUCCAGCAUUACCACACAUUCCUCCAUUACCACACAUUCCUUUAUUACCUAUUUCUUCACAAUUAAAUUCCAUUAUACAUCCAGCUUUAAAUACAAUAAGUAAAGUACCACACUUGCUAGGGAAUAAUUUAUUACAAUCUCUGUUGCAUCCUAAUUUACAUCCACAUAUUAAUGCGUUACAUAAUAUUCCUAACACUUUGAUACAAACAGCUAGUAUACCAAUGCAUGGUAUAAUGAAUGCCAGAUCAGAAUUUCACAAUAUGUUACAUUUGAACAAAUCAUUUCUUGCAGGUAUAAAUAAAGCAUUAGAAAACAGGAAAGCAAAAAAAAAUCUUAAGAAUAAUUUAACGUAUCCAAUUGGACAAUCACCUAUUGUAGGCUUAGCUCCUACAAAUAUCCACAACAAUGUUCCACUAUCCAGCAUGAUUGAACCACAUCUUCCAGUAUCACUUCCACCCCCUAAUGGCUAUAUAGUGCAUUAUGUACCUCAUAAUAAGCAAACAACAUCAAAGUUUUCAGUUGAUGGUUCAUCACAGUUACCAGUUGGUUCACUAUAGCAACCUUUUACUGAUUCGAAUGUUCAAGAAGAUUUCAUAAAUAAUGAAAAUGGAGAUGUGAAUGAGAGCAAAUAUUCAACAUGA